GGCCUACUGUUAUUUCGUAAAUAUGAAAAUUUAAUACUCCGUCGUCCAUAAUAGUAAUAUAUCUCUAUAUGGUCUCGUCUUAUUAAUCAGCGUGGACGAAGAUCAUUGGUGGGAAGUACGAUAGACUGGUAAAGGCCCUUUCUUUUAAUUCUGUGCUGCGCAAGGGUAUAUGCAAGAGCUUGAAUUAAAGACUAAAAACUUGUACCAUGAUAUACGUAUAUCGACCGAACUGACCGGCAGCAGAAGAGGUCAUCACAUCGAUCGACAAGAAAACUCCACCUUUUUGUGUUGAUGCCUGUAAAUGAACAAGAUGUAUUGGAUUUGUCCUCUUAAAGCUACCAUCUUGACCUAUUUUGUACUAGCAUUUUACUCCAGUGUUCAAGCAGGAAGAGAGAUAGAUUCUAAUGUAUAUUGUGGAGCCUGCCGAGCGCUGAUCAGUGAAGUGGAGUAUGCUAUUAGUCAAGAGGACCCUCGUCAGACCAUUACUGUUGGAAGUUUCAGGAUUGACCCCACAGGAAAACAGAAACAGACCAAGAUACCAUAUGCUGGAUCUGAGGCCCAUCUUACAGAGGUGAUGGAGAAUGUCUGUGAUAAAAUGACCGACUAUGCUGAAAGGAUAGAUCCAGAAACCAAUGAGAAAACCUAUGUCAGAUACCAGGCAAGGAAUGGGGAGGAUAUGGAACUUACAAAUGUAUCUAUCAACGUCGUCACAGGAAAAAUUCUGAAAGUAGCUUGCGAAAAUAUUAUUGAAGAGUACGAAGAUGAAGUGCUGCGAUUGUACAGGGAAAAGUCAACGGACAUUGAAACCAGACUGUGCUCCAGUGUUACACAACUUUGUGAGGGUUCAUCAUCAGCACACACUGAGUUAUGACCCCAGGCUCAUUUCAUUAAGUACGCUAAGUAACGGAAACUAUUGAUCAACGUUUUUAAGUAGUUUUGAUAGUGGUUCAUCAGAAUAUACAGAUAUACCUUUUAUUUGGGGCACAAAGUAAACCUUAUGAAUAAAAUUGAUUGUAUUUGCCAAGAGCAUUCCGUUAAUGUGUGUGAGAACUUUCAUAAGAGAGUGCAAAUGGCAUUGAUAGUAUUUUUUCAGGAAGCAACAGAUAUUUGUAUAGAUUUAACAAAAUAUUCCACAUGAAAUUAAAGGGGUGCACUACAAUGACUUAAUGAAAUGAAAAUAUUGUUAAAUGCGUAAGAUGAUGCACAAUGCUUUACAAGUAUGUAUUAACAUGCUUUUGGCUUUACAUGAUUUUGUAGAUAGGAUGACAAGUUCACUUAACCCUACCAAGACACAAGUGUAGUGCACUUAUGGAUAUGGUAUUAAAUUAGACUCUUUGAGAGUUGGAUAUGCAUUAUUUUUUUAUUCUGUUAUUCCAGUAUGCAAUUUAAGUGUAACUAACAUGAAUUAGCAUAAGGUCCAUGGUAAGAAGUGUACUGAAGAGUUACAAUUUUGUGUUCCUCUCUAUGUAUUGAGUUACAGGUGUGGUAAGUUUUGGGGCCUUAAUUCAAUAAAAAUCUCUCAUCCUUGAUCUGGUUUAAUUUCCUUCAUGUUUUUAAAGAGCCAUGCUCUCACAGAAUCCUGUCCAACUUGUAUUUUAUUCAAUUUUAUGUAAAUCACAGGUAUUAUGCAUUUAUUUUCUACCCGUAUACUAAGCUUACUCAUUUAAAUUUCUAUGGAUCUAGAUCUAAAGUGUAGAUAUGAACAGAACUAUGUGCCUAUCUUUACAAUUUCAAAGUCAUUUUGUGCCUUACUGUUCCCAAGCAUAGAAAAUGGAAAAUCAUUUGAAAUUUGUUUUUCUUUAUUGACCCAAAACUUUUCCUUCAUUAGAUAACAUUUAUCUGUAUUUUUUUUGUCAGAUAUCUGGGUAUGAAAAUUUAAGAAGCACAUAUUUUAUCUAUGUUAUUAUACAGGCUUUUAAUCAGAGAACAGCCAACACUCUGAUAAAUAUCCAGCCACAUCAACUAUUAUUCUAGCAAAUUCAUUAUACAUUCAUUUUAAGACUUCUCCAGAUAAAAUGAUUCUUUAUCUUAGCAUGAAACAAGCUAAUAUAUUGUCAGUUAUUUGUCACAAGUAAUUUUACAAAUACAAUCUGCCCAAAAUAUUUUAUCUCUUGAAAGCCUUAUUCAGUUUUGGCAAAUCUAAUGAUAAAUAGUUAUUUUUUUCUCCUGGAUUACUCUGUAUUAUCAGAUAAGAUUAUAGAUGAUAUAUAACAAACAUGCUGCUUCAAAAUCUGAUGAAACUGUUCAAUAUUAUCCACAUCAUUCAAUAUUAUCCACAUCAUUGGAUCCUUACCCAAUCUUUAGAUAUGAAUUAACUCUUUGUAACUAUGCUUACUAGUAUUAUUGUCAUUUUUAAACAAGUGCCUCGUGAUGAUACUUGUAAUGUUGUUAGAUUUCUUUUUGAAAGGGAAGAAUAAUUUCCCCCUUCAUUUGAAGGUGCCUCUCUUGAUUCCAUUAAGUCAGUGUUAUGGGGAUCAAUAUCAUUUGGUAAUGUAGUGGCUCAUCGAUGGGGUAUUAGGUGGAAGUUGUCACUGGAGAGAUCCCCAAAACAAAUUGAAAUCAAUUGAUUGUGUUUGAUUUGUGUAUGCACUGCACUUUUCAUAUAUGCUCCUAGAGUGAUUUGCCUUUUGGCAAGAUGUGUCAUCACUGUGACAACGUUUUGGGGGUUGUUUAUGGGAGUGAUUAUCAGCCCUAGUUGAUAUUUUUAUGACAGUCAGAUUACUAGUAACAACAAUAUUCUAAGCUCAUUCAAAUAUGUGAAAUGUUAAUUCAUGAAAAAUUCCCCAGUACAAAAAUUAUUCUGACAAGCAAAAUUAGUAAAAAUUGUUAGUACUCGACCUGCAGUGAAAUGUGCAGUCCACAAAGUUUUCAAAGGUUGUAUGCAGCUGUUUCCUUUUUAUGAUUCUACCCAACACAGGUGGUUGACAGAGGCAUGUUUUGGGGGCAUUUGUCUUUCCUGUAUCCAUUUUCAUAAUAAAUGUUUGACACAUCAACUUCAAAUUUGGUCCAAGUCUGCAUGUGUGAGUUACAAUGAUCUGAUUAUUUUCCUCUGGUAUCAAAGUCAUAGGUCAUGUAAAGAGACUCCAGUUCAAACUUGGCUCAUGUAUGAUAUGGGAGCAAAGAUGAUCAGAUCAGAUCAAUUUAUAUUAACAUCAGAUGGGAACUAGAAGUUCAAUAUAAAAUGCAGUGUGGGGGAUAAUUAUAUAAACACUCUUUCCCACCAAUUAUUGUAAGCUGUUAUUAUGUCAGAAACAUUUCUAUUGAUCAUUGGCUAUCAAAAUAACAUUUUAUUAGUGUGCACGAAAGAAGCAAAAAUCAUUUCACGACUGCCUUUCAAUGCUUGUACCAAAAGCUGUCAUUGUUCAGCAAGAAAGUAUUUAAAGUGAAAAUGUACUGUUAUGAAGUAAAGUAUGAAUAUUGUGUAAAAUGAUUAUAUAUUAUAAAUGUGAAAUGGUCAGUAAAUAUUA